UAAAAGCUGCAGUGAGAGUGAGGGAGUGUGAGAGUGAGACAGAACUGCUGAAAGAAGCUUUACUGAAGAAAUCAACUGCAGACAUGAAGUUCGCCCUCCUUCUGCUCACAGCCGUGCUGUGCUGCCUGCAAGUGUCAGGACAAGUGAAAUUUGGAGCACUUUGCAGCGGAAAUCCUGGAAACAGCAAGAGACCCUGUGACAACAAAUAUGGCUGCGGAAACUACGGAGCUAGCCGUGAUGGAGGAAAGCGUAAACACCUGGGUUUGGACAUCACGUGUUCUGAUGGGGCGACGGUCUUUGCCCCGUUUGACGUGACACUCAAUGGGAAAGCUGCUCCGUACAAAAAAAACAACGCUAUUAAUGAUGGUGUGAGCCUCAGCGGGGCGGGUUUGUGCUUUAAGCUGUUCUACGUGAAGCCGGAUAAAUACUCCGGGUCUUUGAAGAAGGGUCAGAGGCUGGGCACCAUGCUGCCCAUGCAGAAGGUCUACCCUGGAAUCGGAUCCCACGUCCACGUCCAGAUGUGCGACAAGUCCGACCCCACCAAGUACUUCUGAACCAUCAGCUGGACGAAUUAUCCCGACGUUCACAACGUCUCUUAACUACAGUACCACACUCCUUUAACUGAACUUUAACUGGUGAAAUAUUACAUUUAUAUACUAAAACAUGUUUUUAUGUUGCUAAAAGGUUAAUAAAGCUGUUGCAAUAUAUGGUCAAACAGUGGGAACAAACUUAAGCUUUAAGAUGCUUCUCCAUACUUAUUGAUCCCCUUAAUAUUACCUUUGGGGUCAAACUGACCUCAGUCAAAUUCAGUAUUUAAAAAAUACUAAUAUUGUCUUUAUGCUUCUUCUUCAGUGAUCAUAAUAUAUUUUCACGGUCUGGUAAAUUAAAACCAAAACACUUGUAAUGUGCAAAAUUGUGUAUAUUAAUUAAAUGCAUAAAUAAAAUGUUUUUUUAUUUGUGUUUUUUUUAAAUGUAGCAAUUUAAAAAGUACAUUUGAAAGGCUUUGAAAUAUAUAUUUUAAAUUUAAGUUUGAAACAUUUUUUUUGUAUUUUCUGUAAAAAAUGAAAUUUAAAAAGUUUUAAAAAUGAACAAUUUGUGUAAUUGUGAUAUUUCACACUGUUUCAAUAUGCUAAAUGACAAUGGAAUAAUUGUAUCUUCUGCUUUAAGCUUCUUUCAGUUUCCUGUUUCUGUAAACUCUACAGUCUAAUAAAGCUUCAAAGAUGGAACAUUA